AUGGAGUUGGAGCGUCCAGUGUGUGUGUUCCUUAGGCAGGAUGAGGGCCGUGAAAGACUUUGCAGUGUCGAAGAGAAGGAUCCUCUUGGUUUGUGCUGUGAAGAGUCUUCCAUCAAACGGGAGGAUGCUUCAUGGUCCUCAGGCGCGGAGGCCGAGGGGAAGCGGAACGCCGACGGGCCGCGGCGGAGGAGACCGCAGAAGAAGACUUGCGCUUCGCCCUCGGGGCUGCAGAUGCACGCGGGCCUUCUGGAGAGACAAGCCCCCAAGGAGCGCCCUGCCGCCCUCACUUCGUCCGAAGGCCUCCAACUUCCCACGCACGCGCCCACGGGAGACACGCCGAAGUCAAAGCUCCUCAUUCACAGCCGCACUCGUGCGGGAGAUCGACAGUACAGCUGCAGCGUGUGCUCUAAGGCAUUCAGCCAUAAAUCAACUCUCUACACACAUUUGCGGACGCACACGGGAGAACCCCAGCACAGUUGCAGCGUGUGCGGGAAGGCAUUCAAUAGAAAACACCACCUCGCCUCUCACAUGCUCACGCACACGGGAGAACGCCCGCACAGUUGCAGUGUGUGCGGGAAGGCAUGCAGCCAGAAAUCAAACCUCAUCACUCAUAUGCGCAUGCACACGGGAGAACGCCCGUACAGUUGCAGCGUGUGCGGGAAGUCGUUCAGAGAAAAAUCAACACUCACAUAUCAUAUGCGCACGCACACGGGAGAACGCCCGCACAGUUGCAGUGUGUGCGGGAAGGCAUUCAGCGAACAAUCAACACUCACAUCUCAUAUGCGCACGCACACGGGAGAACGUCCGUACAGUUGCAGCGUGUGCGGGAAAGCGUUCAGGGAUACAUCAACCUUCGCAUCUCAUAUGCGCACGCACACGGGAAAACGCCCACACAGUUGCAGCGUGUGCGGGAAGUCGUUCAGAGAAAAAUCAACACUCACAUCUCAUAUGCGCACGCACACGGGAGAACGCCCGCACAGUUGCAGUGUGUGCGGGAAGGCGUUCAGCGAACAAUCAACACUCACAUCUCAUAUGCGCACGCACACGGGAGAACGUCCGUACAGUUGCAGCGUGUGCGGGAAAGCUUUCAGGUUUACAUCAACCCUCGCAACUCAUAUGCGCACGCACACGGGAGAACGCCCGCACAGUUGCAGCGUGUGCGGGAAGGCGUUCAGCAGAAAAUCAUCACUCACAUCUCAUGUGCGCACGCACACGGGAGAACGCCCACACAGUUGCAGCGUGUGCAGUAAAGCAUUCAGCCAAAAACAACACCUCGCCUCUCACAUGCGCAUGCACACGGGACAACGCCCGCACAGCUGCAGCGUGUGCGGUAAAGCAUUCAGCAAAAAACUCAACCUCGCCUCUCACAUGCGCACGCACACGGGAGAACGCCCGCACAGUUGCAGCGUGUGCGGGAAGGCGUUCAGCGAAAAAUUAACACUCACAUCUCAUAUGCGCAUUCACACGGGAGAACGCCCACACAGUUGCAGCGUGUGCGGGAAGGCGUUCAGAGAAAAAUCAACACUCACAUGUCAUAUGCGCACUCACACGGGAGAACGCCCAUACAGUUGCAGCGUGUGCGGGAAGGCAUUCAACGCAAAAUCAACACUCAGAUCUCAUAUGCGCAGGCACAGAUAGAUCUGCCACUGUCAAAGACAGUACGUUGCGAUGAGUGCAAUGUGGCUGUUACUAAUUAAGAUUCUCUAGCGGUCAGGUUCCAUUUGUCACAAGUGCGAUCAUACCUAUUAUGUAGUGCUCUGCAUUUUCUCAAGGAGAUUUUUAUUAUUCUCAAUACAGUGCAUUAUGUGUCCAUUUCCAAGUCAGCAGAAAUUGGGUACUUUUAUUACUCCUACCAUUAAAAUAUAAUAAUUCAUGUGUAGCUUGUUAGAUCCUAGCAGUUGGCUUUACAUAUUGUUUUACUUGAAAAUGUAAUCCUCCAGAACACAUGCCACAAUGUGACUGGGCAAUGUAAACGCCAAUAAUUAAUAGGAGAUUCAAUUCUAAGUAAGUGAAGGUAAUUUUGGUCAAGGAGGUGAAAAAAAAUGACAUUUCAUAUACACAAUAUUCAUUUCUGACUUGUAAUGUAACCACCGACUCACCCGAUUACCUGAUAUCCGUCGGCGAUUCUGCUUUGCCCGGCUGCUUCGUCGGCAGACUCCCUAGAGGAAGGCAUGUGUGAUUGCCCAACUACUGGAUAGAAAGACUGAGGCAUUUUCUUAAUAUUACUUUAAUCAAUAUUGGAUUCAGUGCGGGUGAAGCCCAAUGCCAGAACAAAACUUAUAAUUAACUUACAACUAAUCUUAACUUAAGAAGACCGGCAUGGCCAGAGUUCGAAGCAGCUCCGUGGUUUUUCGCCCUUCCGGGCGGUCGUGACCCAGCUUACAGGGGCGGCGUUCGGGCUUCCCAGCGCCCGGCAGGUCUGGCGGCGGGCAGCCACAGUAGGUACUUGCCCCAGGCUCCUUUUGUGGCGACCACUCGGCGGCCCACACUCGCGGGCGGCGGCGGGUCGCUUCGUGGUCGUGUCUAGCACUUUGCCCUUGCAGUCAGGCACUCACAUGUGGUGUCCCGGUGCAUAGUUCUGCUUCCGCCACGCCCGAGACGGGCUGCGAUGAUGGCGCGGCAUUCGUGGCGACCAGGCACGGCUCCGAAUCAAAGUAACAAGUCUACCCGCUCCGCCGGAUCCAUAAACAAGUGAUCGAUCGUCCUUCGGCCGUUCCUCAGGAAAAGGUCGCGUGCUGCCUCCCCCGCGUCUCACAUCGCAAUUGGUCGUCGCGGCCCCCGUGGUUUUUCCGCCCAAAAGACGCCAGCGGCAUAGCUGCGUCCCGGCAACUUUCUCCGAAGUAACCUCCGUCAUGUAAAUUCCAAGAACUGGGCGCGGGUAAUUCCGUUGCUCGGGUUUGGGGGUGCGGGAGGCGUAUUUCCCCAUGCCCCGCGAGUGUGCGGCCGGCGUGGGUUGCGUUGAACAAAGGAGGGGUACUCCUCCGUUCCCUCGGCGCGCUAAGCGGCCUUUACGCAGGCGCGCAUCGAUCUUAAAUUGUUUGGAAUAAGGAGAGAUAUACACGGGCCAAUAUGAAACUUUGUUACUCAUAGUAUCUACUUUGCUAUGUAAUAUUUGUACAAUCGAUGUAACCACAUUAAACCACUUAUACGAGUACAAUAUUAGGUCUUGUGCACGUGAAAAGUGAAACCUUAAAAAUGUAAAUAUGUAUAGAAAAUUGCAUACAUUUCUGAAGUCAAGAAGUGGAGAAAAAUUACUCCUCGGAUUAAAAAUUAACAGCUCCAGGACGAUGAAACUGGUAUCUUCCAUUUUUUUUUCAAAUUCUUAUGCAUUACACAUUUUAGAUAAUUAUCUUGUUCACCAGUAUUAUGUAAAAUACAAAAACUAGAAUAUGUAUCACUAACACCAUCAGUAUUCUACCAUUGGUACAUAUCACCUGUAUGCAAAAUAAACUUACCAUGCCAAUUUUGUAUGUUUUUAAUUAUUUACAUUACUAAUUCACGUUUGUUCUUUCAAUUAGUAACAUCAUUCGAGUCCAGAAUUUUGAACGUACUAGGUAAUUGUGAAAAUGUACAGGAAAAAAUUCACAUUUAAACCUCAUUUUUUUAUUUUUCUUUGCCAAAGUAAUAGUGGAUAUUAAAGCAUGUUACAUGAUACAAGUGUAAUCUUUAGCAAGAGCCAUUGAAUAAAA